AAACUUGCCCCAACCAUUGGCAUUGCUGUUGAUCAUCGCCGCAGGAACCGUUCCCUGGAGGGUCUCCAGACUAAUGUCCAGAGGCUGAAGACAUACAAGGCCAAGGUGGUUGUCUUCCCAAGACGUGCUCGCAAGUUCAAGGCUGGUGAUUCUGCUCCUGAGGAAUUGGCAACAGCCACCCAAGUCCAAGGCUCUUCCAUGCCUAUUGUGCGCGAGAAGCCAACAGUGGAGCUUGUCAAGGUCACAGAUGAGAUGAAAUCAUUCAAGGCCUAUGCCAAGCUACGUGUGGAGCGCACAAAUACACGCCAUGUUGGUGCCAGGUUGAAGAGGGCUGCUGAGGCUGAGAAGGAAGAAAAGAAAUAGUUAGUUUUUGCCCAUGUUGAUGAGUGGAAUUUUUGUUUUAAUUUUUGCUCUUUCAGAUCGUAAGUUAAUUUGCUGGACUUCUUUUGAACCAGUAGUGGUAGUGUUUACAAUAUCAGUUGAAUGUAUGGAUUUUGAUUAUUACUCGUUUAUACCAUUGUCUGGAUUUUUUGUGUUCCAUCAUCCUGGAUCCUUGUAAGAUUAAGGCACCACCCAACUCUUUUGACUGUGUCGUUAUUCAAUUAUUUUAAACUUGAUUACUUUUGAGGUUGGUGUAAGUUUCUUUUGACAAUGCCUUGGUGGUGGGGACUGCUUGCUGUUGAGUGAAUAUAAUAAUACUCCACGCUGAGUGGUGAAUGGUGUUA